CCACUUCAAGUCCGGACACUUUCCCCCAUUUCCUGUCCGGACACUUUCACCCCCUUCCAGUCCGGACACUUUCAACCCCCUUCCAGUCCGGACACUUUCCCCCCUUCCAGUCCGGACACUUUCCCCCCCUUCCAGUCCGGACACUUUCCCCCCCUUCCAGUCCGGACACUUUCCCCCCCUUCCAGUCCGGACACUUUCCCCCCCUUCCAUCCGGACACUUUCCCCCCCUUCCAGUCCGGACACUUUCCCCCCCUUCCAGUCCGGACACUUUCUCCCCCCCUUCCAGUCCGGACACUUUCCCCCCCUUCC